GAUUAUUUGAUUUAUACCGUUAUUUUAAUUCAAUUAUUGUUUUAUAGAUCCUUUAUGUAACAUAAUGACAGUAUCAAAAAUUUUUGAAUAUGUGACAACUGAGCGGCAACCUUGCCAUUUCAAAAAGCGACGAUAGUGCGAUAAUGAUGACAACUAAUCGUAAUUCUAACGCUAAACCCUAACCCCUAACCCCUAACCAAAUGCUUGUGGAGUGUGGAGCUUGUAGAGAUUGUGGAUCAAUAUGGGUAUUUGCUAGAUUCAGUUAGAUUUCGCAUACAUGUGAUUAAUGUGAUAUAUAAGUAAUACAGGGUAAAAAAAGCAUUUUUCAUUAUUUUAUUUACGAUGGAAGCGGAAGGCAGCAGCUUGCAAGAACGGAAUGCAAAUGCCACGAAUCUCGAUGGGCCGGAUAAAAUUGAACAAAAAAUAAUUACUCUAGCACAAGGGAGACCCAAAGGAAUUUCUGACAAAGAUUUGGCUAUCGAGAUACCUGAUUUACAGCCAGAUCGACGAGCUCAAAUUAUAAAUAAGCUUUUGUCGCAAGGAUACUUUGAUCUUUAUAAACAAGCAGGAGUGCUAUCCUAUCGCUUGAAAGAUCCAACAAAAAUUGCUAAGGGUGCCGAUAAUGAAGAGAAAAUAGUAUAUAGGAUUAUUGAAGAAGCAGGGAAUAAAGGAAUAUGGACUCGAGAUAUAAGAUUUAAAUCUAAUCUGAUGCAUACGCAACUAAAAAAAAUUUUGAAAAGUUUGGAAACCAAAAAAUUCAUUAAAGUCGUUAAAUCUGUAGCAGCAAGUAAGAAAAAAGUGUAUAUGCUAUACAACUUAGAACCUGAUGAAUCAGUAACAGGUGGUGCAUGGUAUCAAGAUCAAGAUUUUGAAACUGAAUUUGUUGAUGUAUUGAAUCAGCAAUGUUAUCGAUUUUUGGAGCAAAAAAAAGAAAAAACGAAAAAUAGUAACAUUGGACCUAUUGCUGCGAGAAAUCUAACAUUUGCUUCAUCUAAAGAUGUAUGGAAAUUUAUUUCAGAUUUAGGAAUAAGCAAGGUGAAAUUAUCUGUGACAAAUAUGGAAAUGAUUUUAAAUACAUUAGUUUAUGAUGGUAAGGUCGAACGGAUACUUGCGGGAGAUGGAAGUAAUUUGUAUCGAGCAAUUCAGCCUUUGGUUACUUCACCUGGAUUGAUUAGAACUCCUUGUGGCAUAUGUCCAGUGAGGAAGCAAUGCUUUGAUGAUGGGCCUGUUACACCUAUAAAGUGCCAAUACAUUAGAGAAUGGCUAGAUUAAAAUUAUUUCCAAACAUAAAAUAAUAUUAAUAAUAUAAAUAAAUCUUAAUUUAAUUUUUUUACAUAUAUACAUUGUGAAUAGAUAUUGUUAUGAAUGUUAUGAUUUUUGUUAUAUUUGAAUAUUAAAUUUACACAUGAAACAAAUUUGUAAUGAUUAUAUCUUUUUCAUUAUUCAUUAAAAGAUAUGUUUUAAGAUAA